GUUUCUGACUUCAACUAGUAACUAAAAAUUCUCAAAUGUGCAUUAAAUAAUCCGUCGUGUUCAAAAGAAAAACUAAAUUAUUUGUUGUUCAAUAAUAAAAAGACACACUGACACUGUAGCUUUUUACAAAAACAACUGCGUCUGUUUGGACGUUAUUGUUGCCAAUCGCAAUCAUAACUAUUAUACCGCAGCCUUAUUAAUGACAUUUACAGUACGUCUAGCUCUUGUGUACAACACUUGUGAUCACAGCUGUAGUAAGAAGGCAUAAUAGAGGCAGUAUGAGGCACACGUUUUCGCUGAGUUUUCCGACUUCAUUUCAGUCCGCCCUGAAACAUCGCACGGUACUGUUGCCUCUGCCCGCUGUAACUGAAACCAAGUGGAGUGAAAGUUUGCAAUAACUCAGUUGUGUGAAUACGUGUUAAGUUGUGAGUCUGAUGAUUUCACUGUAUUUUAUGCGAACUGUGCUAAUGCUGACGGAUGUGCAAGGAGUAAAUGGAAUCAUCUGAGACAUAUGUCCAAAUAUGGGGCUCGUCGGCAACAAUACCACAUCAUUGCAAGACCUGCAUUCUAGCGAGCUUUCCCUGUACCGAGAGUUCUCUCCGAACGAACAUUUAGGGAUAUUGGAAAUCGAAGCAUGGCCUAUAGAACAAUGUAUAGAGAGAAAUCUGCUCAAUUUAACAAAAGGAGACGCAAACCAGCUCUUUAUAUACAACGGGACAAGACUGAUGUGCGUGGAACACGCUCCACUAUUAACAAGAAGUACAAUCAUACGCGCGAGUGUGCUAUGUGUAAUGGCCGUGUUAUCUUUUUUCGGUAAUUUGGCAACAAUAAUAAGCAUCAAAAGGAAGCGAUGUAGAGGGCGGGCGAGGCCAUCGUGGACAGCAAUAUAUAGUUUGAUAUUUCAAUUAAGUAUAGCGGAUUUAUUAGUGACAGUGUUUUGUAUAGCCGGUGAGGCGGCUUGGUCGUUUGCAGUGCAGUGGUACGCGGGUGAUGUUGCGUGCAAAUUGUUCAAAUUCCUGCAGAUGUUUGCAUUGUAUUUGAGCACGUUUAUCCUAGUGUUGAUUGGCGUGGACCGAUGGCUGGCCGUGCGGUAUCCUAUGAAGAGUAUGGCCACGGCGACGAGGAGUGGGAGACUAGUCAUUACUGCUUGGACCCUGAGCUUCUUUCUCAGCAUUCCACAGGCGGUUAUAUUUCGAGUAGCGAAAGGUCCGUUCGUAGAAGACUUCCACCAGUGUGUCACACACGGGUUCUAUACGGCAAGAUGGCAGGAACAAGCAUAUACUACUUUAUCACUAGUUUUUAUGUUUAUACUGCCUUUAUUAAUACUAGUUUCUACGUAUGUUUCUACAGUUUGGACUAUUGCCCAAAGUGAAAAGGUUUUCAAGCCUGAAGUAAGAACUCACGAGAAGUUCCUGACUCCAGACAUGAAUAGGAAAAGACUGAUAGAUCGAGCUAAGAUGAAGUCCCUGAGGAUGUCUGUGGCAAUUGUCGCUGCGUUCUUGAUAUGGUGGACACCCUACUAUGUGAUGAUGAUCAUUUUUACAUUCCUCAAUCCUGAUAGAAACCAAAGCGAAGAUCUUCUCUCGGGGAUUUUCUUCUUUGGAAUGUCCAACAGCCUAGUCAACCCAGUAAUUUAUGGAGCAUUCCAUUUGUGGCCGAAGAAAAAAGCCAACAGAGACAGGGAGUCUGGUGCCCAACAAGUGUCAGUGUUCAGGCGGGGAGACCACAACUCGUCAGUUCGCCUGACCACAGUGCGAUCCCUGCGGUCCUCCGCCAAAUACUCCAACGGACAAAACAUCAGCCUCUUAUAACGAUUGAAGAAGAUAACAUUUAAAUAGUGACCUGUUACUUAUAGUAUAAAUAAACUGCGACAGUGUUAGGAUAAGUUUUAUCUAGUGCUGGAAAAGAAUAUACCUCAAUCAAUUGUUAAAUUGCUUUUAAGCUAGUUGUAAUUAGACUAGGGUUGUGUGAGUACGGCGUACAAUUAAAAAUAAAAUGAAUGUUAAAUUUG